AUGCAUUCAUAUCCAUUUAUUAAUGAUGGACCAACAGAUAUAGUAGAGUCUACAACUAGUAAUAAAUUAAAACAUCGUCACAGUCUUCAUUUACCAACAAACCAUUCAGAGCAAAAAGAUAAGAUAACAAAGCAAGUCCCACCUGGUGUUAUUCAUAUAAAGCCAACAUGGAAACCAGUUAGAUUAGACGAAAAACCACCAUUUUCAUAUGCUACCUUAAUUGCUCAUGCUAUUUUAUCAAGUGAAAAUCGUCGUUUAACUUUAAGUGAAAUAUACCAAUGGAUAUCUAAACAUUAUCCAUGUUAUUCAAUGAAAGAUCAUCGUUGGCAGAACUCUAUUCGUCAUAAUUUAUCUUUACAAAAAGCUUUUGUCAAGUUGGAAAGAGAUACAAAUACACCUUCUGGAAAAGGUUGUUAUUGGACUAUUUUACCCGGUUAUGAACAACCU